GUUCCGACCCUGUUCCUUGUAUCGUUACUCUGAUAGUGGAGUUGACCGGGUCAGGCGUGCGCUAAGGAGGACCUGCAGCGAAGGACAUUUUCCGCUGUCCACCGCGCGAGCAACGGGAUCUCGGUUCUGAGUGGUGAACCGAACAAUCCACCAUCCAGGGGCAUCAGGGGUUAAUGAGACCUACUACCUUGCUUGUGCUGCGCCUGAUAUUAUCUCUAUUUGUUUGCAAUUUUCUUUUUCUUUCGUCGUGGCUUCGGUAUGUAUACACUAGUUGCUCUGGAGACUUGCAAAGCCUUGUGUUGAGGCAACGGCGAACUGAUCGUCAGCACUGCCAUGACGAUUUUCGAUUUUUAAGACCCGGUAUAUCAUGGCUGAAACAUCUGUUCUUAGCAUCCUGAAAGUGCGAUCGUCGGAGCAGCAAAUCGAUCACGUCCACCACCGGACUUGGCUACCGAAGCUUUGCAAGGCUGAAGCAACAGCCGAAUCGAGUCAAGCCGAGGCGUCUUCUUCCGAUCCUCGUGGCCGACGUCGGGCAGAGGUGGGAGCAGGGGAGCUUGAGGGGCAGGUCAAACCCGAAACUCUAGAGGCAUCCUUGGUGUCGUUGCCAGCACGUGGCGGUGCCAUACAUAGAAAUCCAGCGCACAUCACUUGUCGCGGAUGCUUCCUGGAGUGUUCCAGGUUCCCUGACAGGCCCGGCUUCCUGGUAGAGUCCCCUUCGUGUCUUGCCUGUCCUGCUCCCCCCUUCCCGGAAUCCCCCCUGGCCAUCACCUCAUCGCCCCCACCUAUCGCCGGGCUUCUGGACCUGGAGAGCUGUCGGCAUUUUGGCGCGGAUAUUGGCUCAGAGACCGAGGAGGCCUGUGAGGGUUUCUGUGGUCUCCAGUCUGGUCAGGAGUUCCCUGCUCUGGAAGAUAGACUAGACACCUUCUUCAAGCGUACUAGCAGCGGUCUGCCUGAUACCCUUGAAACCGUUUCAACGGCCUUUCCGUGUGGGCUGGUCGAGCUGGCUGGAGAUGAUUCCGUCCGCCUAGGUAGAGGUCGCCACGGCCGGUUACGCUACACCUUCCCUCCAUACGGCUGGGCUUUCAAAAACACGAGAGUCUCAGCUGUUCCUACCUACUUAGCUCAUGAUGUUGCUGAUAUCGCGCCUUCCGAAAAGCAUGACUUGCUGGAAAUUAGGAGUGGGGGCCUAUAUAAAAGAAUCCAAAUUGAGACAAGAAUGAGGCUCAAGGCGGGAGCAGUCAUCAUCAAUUUCCAGGACUGGUAUCGUUGA